AAAUUACAGGUUGUAAUGCCACAAAAUAGGAUAAAUGCCAAGGGGAUGAAUACUUUUGCAAGGCACUGUUGCUUGAUAAACAAACUGUAAUCAUACCCUCAUCCCCAGCCUAGACACCCUUUUAUAGUACAGUAUAAAUUUGUAAUGAUGUGAUGAUGUCAUAUGCCUUCUAAACAGAUGUCCAAUCCAGGGCUUGUCUUGUCAGUGAUGAGAUGCAGAGAGACGACAGGUCAUAUAUAUAACUGCUCUCCUGUCCUCUCUCUGACUGUUAGAGGGGAUAGGUGUGAGUGAAGAUGUCUCUGCUGUUCUUGUGGUCUCUAUCUUCCUCCCUCACACUCAGCCCAUCCUCCACCCUAGCCACAGACUCAGAGUGUGUUCUGCUGAGUGGCUUUGAUCCUGGGUUUGUGGCUGAUGGUGACUUUGUCAUUGGGGGUAUUUUCCCCCUGCACUACAACCAGGAGAUGCCAGACGUCAACUACACCUACCAACCAACAGCCGUCAGGUGCAAUGGGUUUGAUCCGAGGGCUUUCCGCUGGGCUCAGACCAUGAGGCUGGCGGUGGAGGAGAUCAACCAGAGUGAGCAGCUGCUGCCUAACCACAUGCUUGGCUACAAGAUCUUUGACUCGUGUGCCUAUCCUCUGACAGGGCAGAGGGCUGCUCUGGCAAUGUUGAAUGGACUGGGCCAGGCUCACACUCACGUGUGUUCUGGUGCCUCUCCUCUCCUGGCUGUUAUCGGAGAAUCCGGUUCUGCUCAGUCUAUUGUCGUAUCCAGAAUCCUGCAGCCCUUUAAAAUACCCAUGAUCAGCUACUUCUCUUCGUGCGCGUGCCUCGGUGACAGGAGGAAGUACCCCACCUUCUUCAGAGUAAUCCCCAACGAUGACUACCAGGUGAAGGCUAUGGCUCAGCUGCUGGUACGGUAUGACUGGCGCUGGGUGGGGGUGGUGCGUGGGGACCAUGAAUAUGGGCACUUUGCCCUACAAGGGCUGCUGAGGGAGCUAAAGGGGACGGGGGUGUGUGUGGCCUACCAGGAGAUGAUCCCUCUGCUCUACAAUCAGCAAAGGGCCCUGGAGAUCAUAGAGGUCAUGCGUAGCUCCACAGCGCGGGUAGUGGUGGUGUUCUCUGCCGAGGGGGAAAUGACCCCUUUCCUGAAGGACUACAUGGCACAGAACAUCACAGGGAUCCAGUGGGUGGCCAGCGAGGCCUGGGUCACUGCCUCUCUCUUCACCACCAGCGAGUACUUCCCCUACCUGGGGGGCACCAUCGGCUUUGGUAUCAGGCAGGGACAAAUCCCAGGGCUCCGGGACUACCUGCAGACGGUGAACCCCCGCAGGUACCCCUCUAACCCCCUGGUGCAGCAGCUGUGGGAGGCUCUGUACGGCUGCUCUCCCUCUCUGUCCCCCUCCAGCACCCUGAUGCCCCCCUGUUCAGGGCAGGAGACUCUUCUGGAGCAGCACUCAGCCUACAUGAACACCUCCAGCCCCAGAGUGGCCUAUAAUGUGUACAAGGCUGUGUACGCCAUCGCUCACUCACUGCACAACCUCCUCCACUGCCAGGCUGGGGCAGGACCCUUCCACAACCGCUCCUGCGCUCACAGCACCAACGUUCACCCCUGGCAGCACUAUCUACAAGAACUUGCCUUUUACAUUUCUGGGGAGGAGGUGAACUUUGACCUGAAAGGGGAUUCCAUCCCGUACUAUGACAUCAUCAACUGGCAGAGGGGCUCGGGUGGGAACAUGGAGUUCAUCAACGUCGGUCUGUUCGACGGAGCAAAGGCCUCUGGGAAGGAGUUGGUGAUCCAGGAGGAGAAGAUCGUGUGGGCGGGGCAUCAGAGCAAGCUGGUGGUCUCCGUGUGCAGUGCCAGUUGUGCUCCAGGAUCCAGGAAGGCUGUCCGUCGUGGGGAACCUCUGUGCUGCUUUGACUGUGUACCAUGUGACAGCGGCAAGAUUAGUAAUCAGACAGAUUCUAUAGACUGCACAGAAUGUCCCGAGGACUACUGGUCAAACGCUGAUGGAACAAUGUGCAUCCCCAAAGUGGUGGAGUUCCUUUCCCAUGAUGCAAUGGGGAUAGCCCUGACAGUGAUCGCUGUAGUGGGCGCCUGUCUGACCGUGUCCAUCCUGGCAGUCUUCCUCCAUCACAGGACCACUCCCAUCGUCCGCGUCAACAACUCUGAGCUGAGUUUCUUUAUCCUUCUCUCCCUGACUCUGUGCUUCCUGUGUGCGCUGAUGUUCAUCGGGAAGCCCACCUCCUGGUCCUGCAUGCUGCGCCACACCGCCUUCAGCAUCACCUUCUCCCUCUGCAUCUCCUGCAUCCUGAGCAAGACUCUGGUGGUCUUGGCAGCCUUCACUGCCGCCAGGCCUGGGAACAACAUUAUGAAGUGGCUGGGGCCCAAACAGCAGAGGGUCAUCAUAUUCUCCUGCACCCUGGUUCAGGUGCUGAUCUGUGCUGCCUGGCUCAUGGCUGCCCCUCCCUACCCCUCCAAAAAUAUCCAGGACCAACGCUCUAAGAUCAUUCUGGAGUGCAGUGUGGGCUCCCAACUGGCCUUCUGGUGCGUUCUGGGAUACAUCGGCCUCUUGGCCUGUCUGUGCUUCAUCCUAGCUUUUCUGGCCCGGAAACUGCCAGGCAACUUUAAUGAGGCCAAGUUCAUCACCUUCAGCAUGCUGAUCUUCUGUGCCGUGUGGAUCUCCUUCAUCCCUGCCUACGUCAGCUCUCCUGGGAAGUACACAGUAGCUGUAGAGAUCUUUGCCAUCCUGGCCUCCAGCUUUGGGCUGCUGUUCUGUCUGUUUGCUCCAAAAUGUUACAUCAUCCUCCUGAAGCCAGAGAAGAACACUAAACAACAUCUCAUGGGGAAUAAAAAGUAAUUAAUGAGUAAUACAAAAUGUAUUUUUCCUUAUGUGCUUUUGUUACUUAAAAUGUACAGUUUAUCAUAUAUGGGCUACAAUCUGCACUGAGUAUACAAAACAUUAACAACACCUGAUCUUUCCAUGACAUAGACAAACCAUCUGAAUCCAGGUAAAAGCUAAGAUCCCGUAUUGAUGUCACUUGAUACAUCUACUUCAAUCAUUGUAGAUGAAGGAGAGGAGAUGGGUUAAAGAAUGAUUUUUAAGCCUUGAGACAUGGAUUGUGUAUGAAAGAUUAGUGGAUUCUGUGUGGGUUGCAGGACAGGUAGGAUGACUGACAGUGAAGGUGAACAGGUGGUCACGUGUCAGGUGACAGAGGAAUGGAUGAGACUGAGGCAGGAAUUCCUUUAACCAUAAAGUGGUAUAUUUACUAGUCUGUGCUUCAUAACAAAGGAAACAGAAUAACAUCCAAUCAAAUUCAUAUAUCACAAAGAUCCAAUUAUAACAAUCAUUCAUUCUUAACAUACUUAGGUAAUUUAUUUCAAUAAGAAAUCAACAGAAAUCAUCCUUGAGUCAUUUAAGCUCAUAACUAUUCAUCAUAAUCAUGAGAAGACUAAUACAAAUAAUUCAAUCAGUGAUCGGUUAUUCAAUCUAUAAUCCCCAUCAGUUUGAUAUCAGAAUUGAUCAGUUCAGCAAACAAUGACGUUUCAUAUUUCACCCUUUCAAGUCUUCAUAUGUACAUGUAAUUUCAUGACAUAUUAACCAGAUAUCGAUGGCAUAAUUGGCCUGUGAUGAUCUGCAGGGCCCUAAUCAUUGACCAUUUACAUUACACAAUAGGCUUGAAGCGUGCGCUCCAAGCCGCGCUCUCCGCGGUAUUAACUAUAAUCAAUAAUUGAUUAUUUUUUGCCCGCUCUUCCAAUGGCAACAGAUAGUUCAGAUGAAAAGGUAACAGAUUCGGUGGUAAAAGAUUCUGUGGAUUUACGUGGAUUCAUGGACGCACAUAAGUUCUGGAUUAGAAAGCAGAAGAGAAAGCAGCGAGAUAGGGCAAUGGCGAUUUCCUACUUUCAAUAAUUUUUAUGACCUGUCUGACAUUUCCACCUGACAUAAUUAAAGCACCCCUGGCCCAGCUGAGUAAGUGGCCGUGAAUUAAAGGAUUCUUCCACCAACUCCAUGGGCCUUUUCUACAGCGUGUGUGUGUGUCAUUCAGAGGGUGAAUGGGCAAGACAAAAUAUUUAAGUGCCUUUGAAAGGGGUAUGGUAGUAGGUGCUAGGUUUGUGUCAAGAACUGCAAAGGUGCUGUUUUUUUCACACUCAACUGUUUCCCUUGUGUAUCAAGAAUGGUCACCACCCAAAGGGCAUCCAACCAACUUGACACAUCUGUGACAAGCAUUGGAGUCAACAUGGGCCAGCAUCCCUGUGGAACUCUUUUGAUACCUUGUAGAGUCCAUGCCACGACAAAUUGAGGCUGUUCUGAAGGGAAGAUGAGGGGGGCAACUCAAUAUCAGGAAUUUGUUCCUAGUGUUUAGUAAACUCCAUGCACUAUAUUGAAAAUGUUGUUUAACAAUGUGUAUCUUCCACCUCUGCAACCUUUGAGUAGAAACUUGAUGCUUGCAAAUAAGGAGUUACAAAAAAAAUUAAAUGUAUAUUUAUUCAUCU